CUGUGUACAGAAACAAACUAAAGAUAAUUCCAAGCCUGGCUGCCAGCGAUAACAUUUUCCUGCAAAAACUAAAUUUGUCAAAGAACAGUAUAACCAUUUUGGAAAAAAAUGCGUUUUUUUAAUCUCUCAAAAUUAAAAGAGUUAGAUUUGUCUCAUAAUUUUUUAUCUUUUCUUCCAGGAGAUGUUUUUGAGUCCUUAACUUCUUUAGAAUUAUUAAAAUUGAAUAGAAAUCAUUUCAGUUUCCUUCCAAAUGCAGUGUUAUUUGCCUCCCUUCCAAAUUUAAGAGAUUUUAGUUUUGAAGAAAAUGCUUGUCUCAGACUGCGUGAAGAUAUGAAAUCGUCUGCAGUUUCCCACAAAAUACAAAGUUUAGACAUUAACGGAGGGAAUUUAACUGUGAUAGCCUCUCAUGAUUUCUUGGCUUUUCAAGAACUGCUCAAAUUAUCUCUUCGUUUCAAUCGAAUAGCCAAAGUGUCGCCUGGUGCCUUCAAACCAUUAACUCAACUCAUAGAACUUGAUUUAGGGUUUAAUGAGUUAGAUAUUUUGCCCGAAGAACGUUUCUCUGGUUUAAUCAAACUACAAAAUUUUAACGUUACCCAGAACCGUUUGCUUGAGUUUCCUUCCAUAAAAGAAAAUCUGCAAGACUUAAUCAAGUUAGAUCUGUCUUACAAUAAAUUAGUGAAGAUAGACGGAGAUGCUUUCGACAACAUUCCAAACGUAAAAUAUCUGAGUGUAAGAGCUAACAAGUUGGCUUAUAUCUCCCCAAAAGCAUUUUUCAAGUUGUUUAGCCUUCAAGAACUAGACAUUAGUGAUAAUCAAUUAUUGCAUUUGACAAGCAGCGUCUUGGUUUCUGCAGAAAUCAGGACUGACAACUGUAAAACUAUCAGGAAAUCCAUUUUCUUGUGACUGCAAAAUGCUGAGUUUAUGGGAAUGGCUUCAAGAGCAUGGACAGUUCCUUUAUCACGACUACAAACCUUUAAUCUGUUCUAGUCCGGAAAGGCUUC